GCCCUGCUCUAUGGGGCUGGGCGACCAGGCGAGGGUGCGGUAAGUCGCCCUCCUCCACCCCCCCGAAUCUAUCUUCUCGGCCGCUGUCGUCCCUCCAAGCCCCGCCGGCCUAUGGCAAGUCGCCGACCUCCACCUCCUCCCUCACAGCCGGGUCUUGACAGAAGCAGCAGCUCCCCACCGCUCGCCCCACACGGAAGGAAGGAGGGAGGGAGAGAUACUCACCCGGGGUGAGUGGGGGAAGAAGGUGAUGUGAAUAGUGCAAACAAAUCCCGGUGGCAGUCCCGGGGGUUGGGGUUGAAGGAAAGGAGGGAGGAGCUCAGUACCGAAGCCCCAUAACCCCAGGAAGAGCGCUAGGAAAGGGUGGGGGGAGAAAAAGGGAGGAUGGCGCUUCUCACACCCCGGGACGAGAGAGACAGCGCGCUCCGCCUCAGCAGCUGCUAGACGCCUUCUUGUAGCGCCCGAGCGCUCGCCGCUCCUCUAUAUAUGCCUUCCCUUGCCCCGCCCCUUCAUCCCGUGUGGCUACGCCCACCCGCUCUCCGCCCACAGCUCUCUCUGGCCCCACCCACCCACCUACCAAUCGGCCGUCCCCUGUCCCGGGCGCUGCUCCUGAUUGGGGCAUUGGGCUUGCCAAUAAGGCACAGUCCCCACCCACCUCUGUUCCCCCACCUGCUCCUAACCCCUCGGUCCCAUCACAUUCCCACUUCCCCCUCCCCUUGUCUUCGCUCUCCCCCCAGCAGAGGGUUCCUAUCGUUGCCCUUUUCCCUUCUCCAGGUGGACUCACAGAUCACUCCCAACCCCCAGACUAAGAGUGCCCUCCGCAUGUCUCUCUGCUGUAGGUUUCACUUUGCGACACACAUUUCCCCCUCCCCGCCCAGUUGUUCUAUUCUGUUUAAUAUUUCGGCAGUGACGUAGCUCUGCAUUGCAUUCGAGGUCUGAGUUACGCCUCGCCUUUUCUUUUCUCCCUUCUGCCGUCGUCCUCAGGCUUCCCUCUUUCUCCUCUGGCAGCUGUUCCCUCCUCUUCCCACAUUUCUUCUGCUGUUUGCUUUUCCUUUAACUCUCCUGCCAACAGCGUCGUCCUCUGCUGCUGCCACCGCCUCCUCCUUCCCCAUCUUUGCAGAUGCUCCUCCCCUGCCUAUACGUCCGCUCCGGGUCCCCCUCCCACCCUUCUUAUGCACACAUCUUUAGUGUAUUGAUAUAUUCUGCUCAUCGCCAUCUUGCUUUCUGUGCCUCCCCCUCCCCUUCUCUACCCCCCCCUCUUUCCUCUCAGGAGCCAAUGGGAAACGGGCUCUCUCUACGGCUACGCUCACGCCUUCCCUCAUCCCCACCCCCUGCUGCUGCGAGGCUUGCGGUUACGUCAAACGUCUACGUCACUCUCCUUUGAUCACACCCCCUCCCUCCCUUUCAGGAAGAACGAAACUACGUUUCCCAGGAUGCUCCUUGAUUUUGACGUCAUCGAGGGGAAAAAUGUGCCCGAACCUGAAAGGGAGAAUUGCGAGGCAUCAAAGGCCAACAGCUCCUCAGCCUCCUCCUAUCUAAGGUGACCCGACACUAACUACACGGGCAGGGAGCACUCGCGCUUCUUCCCUUUUGGGAGGAGAAUUAAUUCACUGACAUACCUUUGAUAGAAAGCAAUGCUAGCAUUAGACUUACCUGGUUUAACCAGGGAUGGGAUUUCUCCGCCCGUAAUUAUUCCCGAAGAAUAUAUCCCAGGCAAACUCAAUGCUUCUACAUCCAGUCAGGGGGUCCCGGUGCCCCCUCCCCGGAAUGAAGGCAAAUGGAAAUGGAGAUUGCUGCUGACACCUUUUGUCUUUGGCAAAGCAGGUUUUGCAGGCUUUUGCGUUGCUUUAAAAUUCCUGAUUCUUCAAAAGUAUCAGCGUGGGUCCAAAGAAACGCGACUGUACUCUGAAUGCCUGCGUUCUUUCCCUGUCUCUAGCCUUGACCACUGAUACAGACCAUUAAAUAGUCCUCUGUAAUUGAGAAGAGCCUAAACCUAAGGCACAACGCCUUUAAAAAAAAACCACAACCUGGCUUAUCAAAAAGCGAGGGUGUGAUUUGAAUCGAUAGUUGCUAUAGUUACUAUCUAUAUUGGGUUAAAAAAGAAAACCCAGCACAGCUCCUAACACAUCGUCAUACUCAGAAACCUGUCAAACAAACAAAUCCCAAGGCAGGGCUAUGUGGCGGGGAAGUUGUUUGAAUUUCACGGGCUGAGUUCCCAAAAGGGAGGCAGCAGUUUUAUCCUCACCCAAAUAGUGCUCCUAAAUGCACUCCUUUAAUUUGUCUUCCAUCCUACCCUAAAACUGGAUGGACUGAUCCCCGCGGGUGGUGCAGUGUACCUCAAUGGGCGCAGCGAUGCACUGCCUCACAUAACAUACACUAUAGCAUAAUACACUCCCUUUAAACACACCCAUGUCAGUCAUAGCGACAUACAUUUUUACUAGCGAGACACCAACCGCAACGAACACUAAUAGAAAAACACAAAGGUUUUGGUGUUGUUUUGGAAAAAUUGUGUUGGAUAUAUUCAAGUUCUGGCCUUUGGAUCUUGCGAAGGAAUUUUAAAAGAUGGGAUUUAAGUACCCAGCGUGGCAAAUAAUUAGUGUUCAUUAUUUACAUACCGCUUGAUUGUAGUAACAACUCUUAAAACCGUCAUAUGAUGAUGAUGUUGAAGGGAAUAAGUAUCCAGCGUGGCAAAUAAUUUAGUGUUGCUUAUUUAUAUACCGCUUGAUUGUAACACUUCUAAAGUGUCAGAUGAUGAUGAUGAAGGUAAUAGGCACCCAGCAUGCCUAGUUAAUUGUUGAUGAUGAUGGUGAUCUGGGAUGGCAAAAAAGGAGGAAAACUCGGGGAUAUUUGUGGUGGUGGGAGUUACCUUCAUCUCUAGCUCUUUUUGACGUAUAAACAGUGAAAGCGGGAGGGGGGCAUUGGGUGGGCAAGCUUCCUACCACAGAGCAGCGGCUGAGUAAUCUCAGAUCCACCAAUUCUAAUCCCCGCCCCCUUUCCUCUUAUCAUUGGUUCCCAAGCUGGUCACUCACCGGUGACCAGGCUGCGUGCCAAUCUCGCACACCCCACCCCGCUGCUGAAACGCAUGCGUCUGCGCUGCUCCUGGUAGUCCCUGGGUUUUUAAAAAUUAUUAUUAGGGACGAAAAAAGCAAUGCAAAGGAAGCGGGAGAAGAGAAGUUAAAGCAGAGAGAUGAAAGGAAGCGGAGGGGGAGGCCUUGCAGGUAAAGCAAACGAGGGGGUGGGUGAGGAGGGAAACGUCGCUUUGCAAUUUUGCCCUUUUCUAUAGGCGGAGGCAAAGCGCAAUCUUUCCAGUCUUACUGCGUUGGUUGGAGCUGGGAGAAGGAAGAGAAAGUCAUUGGGCGCGGGAAUCUGCCACUCAAAGGGAGGAACAGCGAAGGGACUUGCGGGGUCCGGUUUCCGUAGUAGCGACGGCGAGGCUUUGUUGAACCAGGCAGGAUCUCUGCGGUUUGCCAGGCAGCCCUUCCCUGUGGAGCUUUGCCAUCUUCACAAGAAGGGAAGGAACUGCGUUGGUUUCUUUCUCCACGAAGAUGACUGAAAUCAGCCUGAAGUGCUGCAUGGGGGACUUAUGGGGCUGUGCAGCGUCCAGGCAAAGCACAUAAAACCAGGCGAGGCCGGGGUGGUGGGUGGGGGUUAUGAAUCGUGCGAGCGUCGCCAACAAGACUGGAAGAAAAGCAACCGGAUUUCUGCGUUUGUGUCCGAUUCCAUAUUUGAAACCUUCUUUGCCUUUAUGCGCAUAGAUGCCUCUCUUUUGUUUUUCACGGUAAUACGUAACUUACUGGGUUUUUUUUAUAAUAAAACGUACGCAAAAACGUUACAGUUGUAUGCGCAAAAUGCUUCCUUUUGU